AUGCAAAAACCUCCAGUUUCUAUGAAGAGAAUAAAGACGACUCCUACAGAAAAAGGAGUUAGACGAACUGUACACAUACGGAAAAUUCGACGACAUAAAGUCAGAAUAUAUUAAAAGACUCCAGGUGUCCGAUUACCGUAUAAAUGCGGACGAUGGACCAGUUUCUAGGGACCUUUUAUCCCGUUUGGACAUCACUAGAAAUAAGCUGACAUUCAAAGGAACCGAAAUCGCUUACAUUGAUACAAGUGGUAUAUACAGAUUUUCCACCAACAAAAGAUAUAAAAAAUUCGUAUCGGAAUUCAAUACCAAAUUCAACAUAGCAGUCGGAGAACACAUAACGAAGGCUAGAAGUGUAGUCGAAGAGGAAACCGGAGGAGAAUCAUCAGGAGAAACCGCAGAAGAUAUCCUCGAGGAUGCUAGGGAAGAACUACAUCAGGAAACCAUCACUGCGAGUGAAACUCUUGCAGAACAAGCGGAAAGGUUGGAAAGAGAAGGUAAAAUAACCACACAUGAGAGAAGGGAAUUUGUGGGAGUAACCGCUCCUAAAGGACCCCCGUAA